ACGAGAUUAACACCGGCUUAAGUUCUUGGAUAAGCAAAGUUUCUUUAAUGUUACAAUGAUAAUCUGUUUUACCAGAAGCUAGAAUAUCAAAAUGAUCCCACUUGAUGUUGUAACCUGUGGCUUUUAUAUGGUCGGCAAUGGCUGAUGUGGGGUCAUUCUUAGUGAGAGCCCUGAAAUGUUCCGUUUUCCUAUCAUGAAGCUACUUUUAGCACAGGGAGCCCUCACAUCCGUUUAGAACAUGAAUAAAAGAUGAACCUACCUUUAUCGCGCGUGUUUUGUGGCGGCCAUUUUGAAUUUUUAAUACCCGCGCGGUGUGCUAGUGCGAGGUCUGGAACCGAAAUUACGGAAAAUUGCUCGGAGCCUGCUCGGAGCUCUAAGAAAAUGACAAGGUCACUUUAUUAUCCUCGGUGAGCGAUCGGCUACCCCCGAGAAUUUACGAAUUUUCCGGCCCGUCCCAGACUUCCGUAAUUUCGGCUCCAGACCUCGCACUAGCACGCCGCGCGCGUAUUAAAAAUUCAAAAUGGCCGCCACAAAACACAAAACACGCGCGAUAAAGGUAGGUUCAUCUUUUAUUCAUGUUCUAAACGGAUGUGAGGGCUCCCUGUGUUUUAGCAGUGAUUUGAAAAGGCGAUUACCCGUUAUUGAUGGUCAGCGGCAACCCAACUAAGAGACUCGAGAGUGAGGCAGAAAUAACAAAUAUGGCGGACGAAACGUCUGGCCUUGGGUUUGGUCGAAAGUUCACUGAAGCUGUUACUUCAAAUUUAGGUCGUUAACACUGAAAUGGGAUGCGAAUUAUCAAAGAGUACAUUGUUUCGUCGAAGUCGCAAUGAAACAGCCAGAGAUCGUGGAGAAGGCAGAGGACGUGUUCUGGGGAGAGAUGACGGGAGAAUUCCAACACAUGACCGAAAUACAAAGCAUGAAGACUAUCAAUUAAAACCUUCAGACAUAAUAACAAUAGACAAAGAAGCUGUCAGCGAGCUCCUUCAAGUCGGUUUAGACGAGAAAAUUGCAAACGAACUUGUAGUGCUUCGCGAGAAAGGUUCUCUGAAGACCGCUGGGGAUCUCGUUGCUGUGUUGGAGAAAAAUAAUACAGAUUACAAAGUCCAACUUGAAGACAGCAUUCUUGUUAGAGUGAGCUCAUUGGGAGAUCUUAGUUGUGAAAAGGUUAAAGAAAAAGUUAUUCUUAAUUCAGCAGAUAAAAUAAAUAUUAAUACUGUUUCAAAGAAGUCGUUAGAAGCGAUAAAAGGUAUUGGACCAACUCUUGCUGGCAGGAUUGUACAGUACAGAGAGGAACAUGGCCCAUUUGAGAGAGUUGAGGACAUUGUUUCUGUAAAAGGUGUAAGCAAGAAACUUCUGGAGAAAAUAGUGUUACAAAUAACUGCUGUUUCUUCAAAGACUCCUAAAAUCCCAAAAUUACCUCUGCAAAGUAAUAAACAUGUGCGCAUUGCAACCUGGAACUUGCUCUCCUUUAGUUCACAUAAAGCAGACAAUGAUGGUGGUAGAGAGGUGGUUUGUCGUACAAUUUUAGAAAAUGGAAUUGAUAUUCUAGCCAUUCAAGAGAUUGCAGAUGCUGCUGCUUUGAACAAGAUUAAAGAUGAACUGAAUAAUCCUACUAAUGAAUUAUUGAAGAAUUUCAUAUCUCAUGGUGGACGUUGGGAAUGUUGUACUUCUGAUGUUGCAGGCUACAUGUUUAGGUCAAAGGAAUACAAUGGUUUUGUUUGGAAUAUGUCAUGAGGUAUUAGCUUAAAGAGUGAUGCUCUUCUUGAAAAACCAAAGGACAGAGGACAGAAGCAAUUUGCCUGGAGACCAUACCUUGGUUUCUUCAAGGCCAAGAAGUUUGACUUUGUGCUUGUCAGUGUCCACUUAAAAGCAACAGGAUUAGGAAAUGCUGAUAUAGCAAGACUUGAGAAAGAGCUGGCUCGAAUUCCAGACCUGGUACAAGCACUGCAGAUACACCUACCAGGCGAAAAAGACAUGAUGAUUCUUGGAGAUUUUAACCUUGGACCUGAAGAAGAAGAUUUUGAUGCCAUGAAGAAAGGUGGACUGGAGAAUUUAAUUCCAGGUUCCACGUUCACUAACAUCAGCGUGAAAAACAUGAAGGGAUCCAAGAAUUAUGAUAAUAUCUGGAUCAGCAAGCAUGCUAAAUUACACCACUUUACUGGACAGGCAGGGGUGGUCAGAGAAGACCUUACCCACCGCUCCAUACCCGAUGGAUGGCGCUGGAAUGGCCUCGUUUCCGAUCAUUGCCCUGUGUGGGCUGAGUUUUACUGCGAGAGAGAUUUGGACGAGACCACUGGUCCAACGAGUGUUGAUAAUAUCGCUAUUGAUGGAAAAGAAAAGACUAGUCAAUUUUCAUGUGAAAUGAAAUGAAACAUUAAAAAAAUUAUCGUUAGGAGUA